ACAUCUUCAUUUAAAACAUCUAAUAUCGCUCUCUAUCGGCUCGUUUCUACUUUAUCUUUAGCACUAUAAAUUUGUAUUCUCUCUUUAUAGAGGGGUUUUUUAAAAUAAUUUUUACUAUUUUAAUAAUUACUUGAAAAUAUUAAAAAUAUUUCAAUUUCAACUAAAAAUAGCAUUGAAAUAUGAAAACAAUAUUUUUAAUUGUCUGUACGGAGCUUUUUAUAUUUACUUUGAUAAAUACUGCAAAAGAGGAUGAGAAAUGGAAGAAAAAAGAUGUUAGAGAUUAUACCGAUGCUGAUCUAGAAAGACUUUAUGAUCAAUGGGAGGACACUGAUCCUGAUGAGUUGAGCGAAGAUGAAUUACCAGAUUAUAAGAAACGUCCACCACCUAUAUACGAAAAGGAUAUACGCAAUGUGAAAGAUCCAGAAGAAGUAUUAAAAAUGUCAAAAAAAGGACGAGUGAUUAUGUUAUUUGUGACCGUUUCAGGUGAUCCAACUGAAAGAGAAACUAAUGACAUCACUCGUCUAUGGCAUGGAAGUCUAUUUAAUGCUCAUUUUGAUAUUCAAAGGUAUGUUAUAGAGAAAAAUAGAGCGAUAUUCAGUGUACCUGAUGGCUCAAAAGCUUGGGAUGUUAAAGACUUUCUUAUCAAACAAGAUAGAUGUUUGCUAGUUACAAUAGAUGGAAAAGAAUACUAUGGCAAAGCUCAUUCAAAAUUUGAAGAUGGAAAGAAAUCGACAAAAUUAAAGAAAGAUGAAUUUUAA